AUGACAUCGCCCGCGCCUCGCGUCGUCGUCGUUGGCGGCGGCUACGCCGGUAUCCAGUUCGCCCAGUCGCUGGCCCACUACGCACCCGGCGCGCGCAUCACGGUCAUCGAGAAGCAGACCUUUACGUUCCACGCCAACGGCAUGCCUCGGGCUUUCGUCGACAAGUCGUAUGUGACCAAGCUUUUCAUUCCGCUCGACAAGGCACUGCCGUCGCACGUGACGCUCGUCCGCGGUCUCGCCGUGUCCAUGACCGACGCGGCCGUGUCUGUCCGGACCAUCGACGUCGGUGGCAGCCUCGCCGAUGACGCCACGGAGCUCGCGUUCGACUAUUGCAUCCUUGCGACCGGAAGCAGCUACGCGGCGCCCAUCAAGGUACCCGAGAACGUCUACACGCGCGAGACCAUCGCGGCGUCGGUGCAUGCGGCCAUCGAUGCUAUCGCUGCUGCCGAGAGCAUCCUCAUCGUCGGCGGCGGCGCUGUCGGCUGCGAAGUUGCUGGUGAAAUCGCCGUCAAGUACCCGACCAAGACCGUCACGCUUGUCGAUGGCAACGCGCAGCUGCUUGCGAACGCCAACAUGUCGGAGCUCUUCCGGGCCAAGGUGGCCGAGGGCCUCGUCGCCCAUGGCGUCAAGCUCGUGCUGGGUGAGCGCCUCCCGAGUCGACGCACCGAGCACUCGUUCACGCACGAAACCAUCACGCUCUCGGGCGGGACAGUCGUCUCGUCGGACGUGCAGCUCGUGUGCGCCGGCAUGACGCCCAACACGAGCCUCCUUGCCGCGCUCUACCCGGAGCUUGUGGCUGCCCAAGGCAUCAAGGUCCAAGCGUCCAUGCAGCUCGAAGGCAAGGACCACAUCUUUGUCCUUGGCGAUGCGAGCAACCAUCCGUCGCCCAAGAUGGCGUACGUGGCGAUGGAGCAAGCCAAACAUUUGGGCUACGGGCUCGCGCAGCACCUUUUGUACAAGACGCCGUUAGCACCGUUUGCAAUGAACCCCGUCGGUCUCAUGCUGCUACCGAUCGGACCGUACGCGGGCGUCGCACAGUUUCCACUGCCUUUCUAUGGACCGCUCGUGCUGGGCGACUGGGUCGUGCGCUUUAUCAAGGGGACCGACUACUUUGCAAGCCGGACAUGGGGGACAUGGAACGCAUCCGUGCCGUCCUAGGCGCUUUCCCUGGAAACUGGUUCUGCCGUCCUUACACAAUGUCGUUUGAAAUAUAUAUACGUAUAAUUCCGAGUGUCAACUACAUAUG